ACUGUCACAUUACAUGGUGGAUAGUUUGUGUCUCCUGAAUUGCUGCUGUGUCGUGACUUGGAGCUAGCUGUUCCUGGAACAUACCGUGCGGAUGCCCCCGUUGUGACGAUAGCAUCGUUUCCUCGUCAACUUCUUGUCAUAACAUCUAAACAACGACCACGGAAAUUGACUAUUCACGGAAAUGACGGUGAGGACUAUGCCUUUUUAUUAAAGGGACAUGAAGAUCUAAGGCAAGAUGAGCGUGUUAUGCAGCUUUUUGGUUUGGUGAACACUUUGCUCGAGAAUUCCAGAAAAACAGCAGAAAAAGAUUUGUCCAUCCAACGGUAUUCUGUAAUACCAUUAGUGGACUCAUUGGAUGGGUUCCCAACUGCGAUACCCUUCACCAUCUUAUUCGAGAAUACAGAGAUGCACGAAAGAUCAUCCUUAAUCAAGAACACAAACAUAUGUUGAGUUUUGCUCCAAACUACGGCAAUCUACCGCUCAUAGCAAAGAUUGAAGUAUUUGAGUACGCUCUAGAAAACACAGAGGGAAAUGAUCUGUCCAGGGUUAUGUGGUUAAAAAGUCGCUCGUCAGAGGUAUGGCUGGAGAGAAGAACCAACGAUACUAGAAGUUUAGCCGUUAUGAGUAUGGUUGGUUAUAUUUUUGGGUUAGGUGAUCGACAACCAAGUAACCUUAUGCUAGAUAGAUACAGUGGGAAAAUCUUGCAUAUUGAUUUCGGAGAUUGUUUUGAGGCGUCUAUGAAUAGAGAGAAGUUUCCUGAAAAGGUUCCAUUCCGUCUGACAAGAAUGCUUGUCAAAGCAAUGGAAGUAAGUGGCAUCAAAGGAAAUUUCCGGUCGACAUGCCAAAAUGUUAUACAAGUUCUCAGAACCAACAAAGACAGUGUAAUGGCGAUGAUGGAGGCGUUUGUGCAUGAUCCUUUAAUCAAUUGGCGUCUUUUUAAUUUCAAUGAAGUCCCUCAACUAGCCCUACUCGGUAACAACAAUCCCAAUGGUUCUGCUAAUGUUGAACCUGAGGAAGUAGAUGAAGAUCCCGCUGAUGUAGACCUUCCUCAGCCUUAAAGGAGUACUCGAGAGAAGGAAAUUCUUCAGGCUGUGAAUAUGCUUGGAGAUGCAAACGAGGUAUUGAACGAACGUGCAGUAGUUGUAAUGGCUCGUAUGAGUCAUAAGCUUACGGGCCGUGAUUUCUCUACGUCUGCGGUUCCAAGCAAUCCCACUGCUGAUCACAAUAACUUGCUCGGAGGAGAUUCUCAUGAAGUCGAACAUGGUUUGUCUGUGAAAGUUCAGGUUCAAAAGCUAAUCGAUCAAGCUACUUCCCAUGAAAAUAUCUGUCAAAAUUAUGUCGGGUGGUGCCCUUUCUGGUGAGAAGGAUCAUCUGUUCUGUUUAUUGUAAAUAGGCUUUGUAAAAUUUCGACUAAGUUGCAUUUUUUGGAUUUAAUUCGAUGAUAAACUAUGGUCUUUUUUUAUGUAAAUAAUGUGUUAGGUCGAUUUGGAGUUUCGUUAUCGUUUAUAAUAGGGCUUUGGAAACUUGUUGCUGCCGGCUUAGUUCCCGGUGAUAUCCUAUAGUACCGUCGGCUUUUGUAUC